UGGCAUGGCAACCCAACCUCACUGCUAUCCUAUAAUGAAGCAGAUCUUAGCCAUAGGAAACGUGUGUGCUUGGAACCACAUUGCUGUGCAUCGUACCUGAUCAUGAUGAUAAUUGAUUAUCAUGUUUUUGCAGGGUGGUUCUGCUUCUCUGAGGACACACUUCUUUGUAACACUUGUUUAGUGUAUGCUACGUACAAACAUAAGUCUGCAACAGCAUUAGCAAACAUUCCAUGUCAGUUCCAAAUCAAAUCAAAAUGUAUUGGUCAUGCACACAUAUUUAGCAGAUGUUAUUGCGGGUGUAGCGAAAUGCUUCCAUGUCCAUAGGCUAUUAUUGAUACAAAUUGUGAUCCAAGAGGAUGUUGAGGCACGGUGGAAUUUGGAUGCAAAACCAGACACUUUUUCUGAUCAAUACUUUGAAGGACCAAUAUCACGAUCCAAUUGAGCAUCCGCAAAAUAAUAUUGUAAUUAUUUUCACUGUGAUAUUUUGGUCCAAUUAUGAGGCAACGCAUUAAUGUUCAUAGGUUCAGAGAUCUUCUAUACUGUUCGCAGUUCUAUGACCCCAUCCACUACCAAUAUGUACGGUACUACUUAACCUAGGGCUGCACUAACACUAUUUAGUGCUAGAAUCGUCACAUUGUGAUACUGUAGAGAAACAUAAACAUUGCCUGUGUUCCUCUACCUGGUCAGAGUCUAUAGUCAGUUGUGGCUCAGUAAAUCACUGCUACCAGUUUCACACAGCGCACUCGCUGUGUUUUGGUACUUUCAGUUGACUUUGUUUACGCUAAAGAUUUGGCAUUUGGAGAUUCUUUAGGUCAGCUUUCUGCUGCUUCUACAGGUACAUGUCUUUCCUAUUUCAAGACGUGAAGUAAUACUACCAACAAGGCAAAUGUAGGAUAUGUUGUUUCCUUCUACGAAAUGUCACAUAGUUGCACAGUGAUGAGAAUACACCAAAAGGUGUUGGCCUUUAGAGAUACUUCACUCUUCCCUGUUACUCUGCUUUGUACAAUGACAAUAUGAUUGCAAUAUAUUGCUAUGAGGGUUAAGAUACUGGUUCAAGUGUGCUGAGGCACACACAAAGUGUUGUUUCUGAUGGUUCAGGAUGGUUUUUUUGUUGCUGGUAGACAUACAGUAAUGUUGAAUGCUCUCGAUUGUCCAGGUACAAACAUGCCAAGCUUAACCAUAACCAUCUACGCUUUGCUUUUCUAUCUCUGACCAUUACAAUCAGCAGAACGUUCCAGACAAAUCACAUUCAUACCAAUUGUUAUCUGACCACAUACAGUGCAGUGUACUGGCCAAUGCGACCAUUAGUCCUACAGUAUAUAUUCAUCAAGAGUCCUGUUUCUCUGUAUUGAGAAGAGGAACUUUUUGUUCUAUUUUACAUGACUUUUUCCAUAAUAGGAGUGGUUGUGUCAACCACAGUUUCUCACAGACAGUCUGUCUUUCUGCAGGAGGCAUUUCCUUCAAGGUCUCUACUAAUUAGAAUCAUGUGACUCCUGGAAUGUUCUCGUUGAUUAUGUGGCUUAAAAUCUUUUUGAUCUGCUUCGUUGAAUUAAUCAUAAACAUGUUCUCUUCACGUCUUCUUUUUCAUUAUUGUAGCCUACUAGUACUCCACACGUAGUUGAAGUUAAGACUCAGAUGUUUUAUUUAUUUAUUAGAUCGGCUGUUUGUUUACUGAAGAUCCUAAUGGGAGUACAGAAGAAGAUCAGAGAAUGUUAUAUUUACAGUAUAAAUAUAGUAGUGAUAGCUAGUAGGAAUUGUUGUAACUGUUGUUGUUUUUUAAACUACUGAACCAACUGUGUUCCUCUCGGGGCACUGUGAGUAGCCUAAUAGUUACUUCAACCAGGUCAGUGUAUAUUAGAUGUUAGACUGCUCUCUAGUGGUGCAUCUCCCUCACUUCCCCCUCCUCGUCCACAGGACCAGGCAUCUAAAGACAAGGCCCUCCAGAACAUGGCAGCGUUGUCGUCUGCUCAGAUUGUGUCUCCGAGCCUGAUCAAGAGCCAGCUACCCCCACUGCCCCACUCUCCCUACCCCCCGCAAGCCAGGUUUUGGCCAGGCCCUAUCCCAGGACAACCCGGCCCCUCUCAGGAGCUGAUUCUAGAGCUCAACCAGGGAAGGACUCCUGGGUUUGGCCGCGCCAGCUAUGCUAUCAAACCUUUUGCACCGUCUCCAUACACAACUCUACCAGGCCCUCCCCCUCCCCCUAUAUCAAACUAUGAGCCUUUGGCACCCCCCCUCCCCCCGGCUGCUACGGCGGUGCCCGUGUGGCAGGACCGGACCAUCGCCUCCUCCAAGCUGCGGAUGCUAGAGUACUCUGCCUUCAUGGAGGUGCAGAGGGACCCUGACAACUACAGCAAACACCUGUUUGUCCACAUUGGCCAGACCAACCCGUCCUACAGCGACCCUCUGCUGGAGGCAGUGGACAUCAGGCAGAUCUACGACAAGUUCCCAGAGAAGAAGGGCGGACUCAAAGAGCUUUAUGAGAAAGGCCCACAGAAUGCCUUUUUCCUAGUCAAAUUUUGGGCGGAUCUCAACAGCAGUGGAAUGCAGGAUGGCCCAGGCUCCUUCUACGGAGUCAGCAGCCAAUACAGCAGCUCUGAGAACAUGACCAUCACCGUCUCCACCAAAGUCUGCUCCUUCGGCAAACAGGUGGUCGAGAAAGUAGAGACGGAGUACGCCCGGAUGGAGGGAGGGAAGUGUGUCUACAGGAUCCACCGCUCUCCCAUGUGCGAGUACAUGAUCAACUUCAUCCACAAGCUCAAACACCUGCCAGAAAAAUACAUGAUGAACAGUGUUCUGGAAAACUUCACUAUACUUCAGGUGGUGACAGACCGUGACACUCAGGAGACCUUGCUGUGUAUAGCGUUUGUGUUCGAGGUCUCAACGAGUGAACACGGGGCACAGUACCACGUCUACAGGCUCGUAAAAGACUGACCCACCGCUCUAACACGUCUACAGGCUCCUCGAAGACUGACCCACCGCUCUAACACGUCUACAGGCUCGUCGAAGACUGACCCACCGCUCUAACACGUCUACAGGCUCGUCGAAGACUGACCCACCGCUCUAACACGUCUACAGGCUCGUCGAAGACUGACCCACCGCUCUAACACGUCUACAGGCUCGUCGAAGACUGACCCACCGCUCUAACACGUCUACAGGCUCGUAAAAGACUGACCCACCGCUCUAACACGUCUACAGGCUCGUCAAAGACUGACCCACCGCUCUAACACGUCUACAGGCUCGUAAAAGACUGACCCACCGCUCUAACACGUCUACAGGCUCGUAAAAGACUGACCCACCGCUCUAACACGUCUACAGGCUCGUCGAAGACUGACCCACCCACCGUUCUGCAGGGAGGUUUGGGAAUCAGCUGACGAAGCACUGCGUGACAAUAUGUACAGUACAGACUGCUCAACUGCCAAGUAACAUUCAAAUCGACGUUAGAAUGAACUGACAUGAAAACAUUUUAAACUUCCACACAUUUAUGUGAAAUAGGAAAAAGGAGGAAGUCUCAAAAGACAAGAAAGGAAAUUAGGAGAAUUCAUUGUUUUGUUUUAAAGGCAACUUUUUAACCCAUAUAGUUAAAUAUGCUGAGACAAGUGGGUCAAAUUGGUAAUGACAGUAAAUGUACAGUAGGUUGAGAUUCACUGAGGGCAUGAGAAAGUGAACAAGGUUAAGAGCGUUGUCUCCAUGGGAACACACUCUAAGCAAUAUAAGAAGAAGUGGAUAGAUUGGAAUGGUACAGGUACAACAACCAUGGAAGAAGAGCAAACACAAAAUAAUCCGAUCGUAGAAGGGUCCUCCCGAGGGGUGUUUAUAAAUUAGAUAGGAUGCCAACCAAGUGCCUUUCUCCAAAGACAAGUAUUGAUCAGUUGCCAGCCACUCUGGAAUGCCUUAUUUACUACCUCUUGUCUUUAAAUAAACAGAAAGAAACCGGACAGAUGUAAAUGCAUCAUUGAAUAGGAGAAUAGGAAACUGAACAUGACUGCAGUUCAUCCUUUCUCAUCUAGAUCCUUGAAGCGCACUUCUGAUCCAGGAAUAUUAUGGUAUGGAUUAAACUAUUAUUCAUUUUUCUCGUGAUGUGUUAUCAUGAAUGGUUACAAGUUUAGCUGAAGUCCACGUGUACAGCAAGGGCAUAGCAUGAUCAGAUCACUCAGUUUCCAAUCCCUGGGCUUUUACGGGUCUCUAGACAACAACACAUCAUGGUGCUGUGGUGCACUUAAAAGAUCAAGAAGGGGUGAAGCAACAAAUAUUUUUAUUUUCAGCCUUUAGUUCUGUUAUUGAAAUGAACCGUUUCUGUACUGUGAGUCAGUGGAUGCUACAGGAAUAUGUGUUACAUAGGAUUCUUUUGGGGACGUGUUUAUAUUUGUGAUUAACAUUAACACUGUUUUCUUAAAAAUAUGGCUUGAGAAUCAAAUCAAAUUAAUUUUUAUUUAUUUGUCACGUGCGCCGAAUACAUCAGGUGUAGACCUUACCGUGAAAUGUUCACUAGAUUAGAAUUUGCCGAAUUGGAACUGACCAAAUUUUACAGUGAGUUUUAACUAAUCCAAUCCAAUCCAAUCUCCCCAUUCAUGGAUCCCAAUUGAUGGAUAUCACUUUCAAUCUGGAAAGGCGGCAGGUAGCCUAGUGGUUAAGGGCGUUGAACCAGUAACCAAACUUUUGUUGUUUUGAAUUCCUGAGCCGGCACGGUGGAAAAAUCUGCUGUUCUGCCAAUGAUGUUGCUUAAGGCAGCCCCCCCACACCUCUCUGAUUCAGAGGGGUUGGGUUAAAUGUGAAAGACACAUUUCGGCUGAAUGCAUUCAGUUGUACAACUGACUACGUAUGCCCUUUCCCUAACCCUACAUGGUGUAAGAUAAGUUUCUCUUUCCUAAAUUGAAUUAAUAAAAACAAAAGCUAUCUCUUAUUUUAUGAGUGAACCUUCAAGAAAUUAAUCUUAAUUUGCCAAUGCGAUCAGCCAAUGAAAAACAGAUUUUAUGUUUUGAAAGAGAGCUAUCCUCUGUGCUGUGGUGUGUGACCAUUGAUUGUUAUUUAUAUUGAAAAGAAUGGUGGGAGGGCAGGGCUGGGCUGGGAUAUGGGCCAUAUGUGUUUAUCCUUUGCCAUUGAAAUGGUGGUGUUACAAGUAUUGCUGAGCUGAACUUUAUACUAAAGACACAAUAACUGUCAUCCCCUAGCUAUGUCAUCCCCUAGCUAUGGUCUCUGCCUUGGACGGUUCACUGGACUUCUGUCAUAAGAAUUCAUACAUCAGACUUUGUAUGGUGGAUUUAGUACACCAGGAUUUGAAUGUCACACUUCAAGAGCUAGACUUAAAACAACUGCUUAAUCUUUACUAGUGGAUUUCUCAAUUUUAUCUUUUUUUACAGGCCCGUGUUUUUUAUUAUCAUUAUCAUAAUUAAUUGAUUUCUGUUCGUUUUUGUGACUUUCAGCAUCCGUUGAAAACGUUGUGUGUUUUUGUUGACAUUGAUGAUGAGAUACUGUAUCUUAUGUAUCAUAAUCUGAAUGGUAUGGGCAAGUUUGUUUGGUUAAAAGGUGGUUUAUUGUGGCCUUGGUUACCAAUUGUGCAUUGCAUUUUAAUAUUUUCUGUUAUCUUCAAACUAAGGGGGUUGUAUUAUAUAAUCAAAUCAAAAUGUAUAAUCGAACAAUAAAAGACGCAUGGUGCCUUUGGGGCCAUUUCCCCCUGAAAACUCAUUAAAACAGGUUUGUUCAUUUGA